CAAGCGAAGAAUCUCUUCUCUCCUGCUCCCUCUGCGCUUUCCUUUUAGUUUCAGAUUCUUCCUUUUCUUUCCCUUCUUUUAACAAUGCUUCUUUCAUCUCCCCUUCUUCCCCUCGCUUUCCUUCACAUAUUCCGGUCAACACUUCUUAUUUAUACACCCCAUGGCUCCUCCUCCAUCCGAUGUCAACCACCUCUCUCAUCCUUGUAUCUACGGGGACUGUAAUGAUUCAUACCCGGAGAGAAAAUCGAGGGUUAUGAAGUGGCUGGGUAAGCUUUUCAAGUCCAGUUCCGGCGGUCGUCGUGGCGGAUAUAACCCUCAGUUUAUUGGGGAAGAAAACACGGUUGGUCGACCACAGGAUGAUCGUCCUAGGAAGAAGAAAGAGCAAGAGGAAUUAGAUCAUGCAAUCGCGCUUUCUUUAUCCGAGGGUAUGGGAAAACCGAAUGUGUAUUUAGGUUACAAUGAACGUGGGAGAGAUGAUAAUUACGGCGGAGCUUUACUGAGGGGAGUUGAUAAUGGCGGCUUGAAUUCGUCUAAGUAUCCUCCUUGUGGCACUUUGCAGUGUCAUCUUGCUGGAUAUAGAGUAUGUGCUGGAUGUCACAAAGAAAUCGGGUAUGGCAAUUACUUGCGAUGCAUGGGAGCAUAUUUUCAUCCUAAUUGCUUCCGUUGCCGUUCUUGCGGGUUUCCGAUUACCCAGCACGAGUUUUCUGUGUCUGGGAGGGAUCCAUAUCACAAAACUUGCUUCAAAGAACUGACGCAUCCUAAAUGUGAUGUUUGUCUCCAAUUUAUUCCGACGAAUGCAGCCGGUCUAAUCGAGUAUCGAUGCCAUCCGUUUUGGUCCCAAAAGUAUUGUCCAUCACAUGAACAGGACAAUACAGCUCGCUGCUGUAGCUGUGAGCGUUUAGAGUCUUCGAACGUAAGAUAUUAUUCACUUGAAGAUGGUCGGAGUUUAUGUUUGGAAUGCAUGGAAUCUGCAAUCAUGGACACUGGUGAUUGCCAGCCGCUUUACCAUGCCAUUAGGGACUUCUAUGAAGGAAUGAACAUGAAACUAGACCAGCAAAUUCCGAUGCUUCUCGUUGAACGACAAGCACUUAAUGAAGCUAUUGUUGGAGAAAAGAAUGGUUAUCACCAUAUGCCUGAGACAAGGGGUUUAUGUCUGUCUGAAGAACAGACAGUUACAAGUGUACUAAAGAAACCACGAAUCGGAGGCCGACUUCUUAUCGGAAUGAGAACUCUGCCUCAGAAGCUGACCAGGAAAUGUGAAGUCACUGCCAUCUUGGUUAUUUAUGGUCUCCCAAGGCUGCUAACCGGGGCGAUUCUCACCCACGAGUUGAUGCAUGGCUGGUUACGCCUCAAAGGAUAUCGAAAUCUUAAUCCCGAGGUCGAGGAAGGUAUUUGUCAAGUUUUAUCAUACAUGUGGCUCGAAACCGAAGUAUUGCCGGGUUCAAGCAGCCGGCCAUCUACAUCAGCAGCUUCUUCAUCAACUUAUUCUUCGUCUAAAAAAGGAGGGAGAUCGAAUGUCGAAAACAAGCUUGGUGAGUUCUUCAUUUACCAGAUUACUCACGAUGCUUCCCCUGCCUACGGCGCAGGGUUUCGAGCUGCCAACACAGCCAUCAACAAAUAUGGUUUACGUCGAACCUUAGACCACAUUCGCCUGGCCGGAAACUUCCCGUUGUGAAUAUCUCACCGAUGGAUGAUUCAGUUUGUCAAAAGAGUAUUGAAAGUGUCAUGACAGAAGAUUGAAAUAGCUUCCCCAAAAUUUUCAUGGGGUUCCAUGACAAAUAUGUUAAAGAUGAUGUCACAGGUUCAGAACAACUUGCUUUUAGCAUAUAUUGUUCUGUAAUAUAUAUAUAUAUAUAUAUAUAUAUAUAUACACCUUGCGGUAACUUUUCAUGGUGAAAAACAA